CCUGAGGAACUGCACCUGCCUGAUGCACCACAUCCUGCCCAGGACCCAUAUUCCGCUCUACACGGUCAAUUGCUCCCAUAUGCAAUUCCACAGCCUGCCCGCCUAUCAGCAGGAGAACACAACAACGCUGACCAUCAACGAUAAUCUGAUCAGCGACAUAAAUCCGCUACGGGAUAAUCCCCAUUACCGUCAUGUGGUGGAUGUGCAUCUGGAGAACAACCGCAUCUCCAAUGUGGACGACCUGGAGAACACGUUUUGACUGCAGAACUUCCGCCUCUUCAACCUGCGGUGCAACAACCUGAGGAAGCUGACAGCAAGAAUCCGUGGCACUGCACCUGCAAGUUUGGGAUGCGGCUGCGCGAGCUACUGAACCAGUACCGGGAAAUUGUGAGGGAUGCCUGGAAUGUGACGUGCACCUACAUGCAGGACGACGAGCUGCGGCUGGCCAAGGUGCUGACCCUCACCCGCCAGGACAUGUGCAACGUGCGUGCGGAGAGUGGUACGCAGAUCCAUCCCAUCGACUGGCUGAACGGCGUGCUGGCCAGCCUCAUCAUCCUCAUUCUGGGAAAGCUUGCCUACGACUAUUAUCACUACAAGUAUUACAACCGUGUUCCUUGGAUAGUCAUGAAG